ACUUGUGAAACGCGCGAACGAAAACGGCGACGUUGUUACACCUAUAAGGCGCGUGGCAUGCAAAGGCCUUAUAAACAAGCGACCUUUCGUCGUUCACCCACAAAUAUUCCGAGGAUUCCGAGAGUUACGUAGGUAAGGAACAGAAGUACCAAAGUUUAUCAUAUCCGAAAAAUGGCACCUCCAAAAGUAUUACUUGGACAAAAUAGACAAAACAGCACUACAACCUUGAGGAAAGGAAUAAUAACCAGGAGUCAAAAUUCUUUAUUGAGCAAUGUAUUAAAAUCAUCCAAUACUGGCAGAGAAACUCGCACCAAGCGAAAAUCAGAUGUAUUUUCACCACCUAAAGAAAAAACAAACAAGAGAUACGCUUUUACAAAUAUCACCAAUGCUAUUACUACGUCGAUACAUCCAACAAAAAAGAUAGCUACUCAGUCCAAAGUUGGAAAUAACGUUGCUUUAGAGAAACCUGCAGAUGUUAUUAUAUCAAAAGUUGUACCGGCGAAAGGAAAACCGGCGCCUCGUAUUAAGUCUAUUCUCAAAAAGGAUGAUAAAACAGAAACUAUUAACAAAGUUGUAAAUAUUAGACGAAGUGCAGAUUUAGAAAAAUCUGAGGAUAAUUCGUUAUACGUCAGUGCUUUGGAAGACGUUAAUGAUAGCAUAAAAAAGACUCGCAGGAGUAGCAAUAAGGUUGACGAAAAAACAAAUGACAAACCAACAGCGAUAGCAGAAGAAAAUGAACCCACAUCUCCUACGAAUGAGAAUAAAGUUUCAGCGACUACUUUAUUGAUUGCCGUACCUAUAAGAGAAUUACCCGAAAAUGUUCAGUGGGACUUUGAUGUUGAAAAUUGGCUAGAUCCAUACCAGGUAUCACACUAUGCAAUGGAUAUUUUCGAAUAUCUGAAGAAACGAGAACAUCUGUUCCUCAUCGGCGAUUACAUGGACCGGCAAGUAUGUCUUUCCCAUUGGAUGAGAGCGCUACUAGUCGACUGGAUGGUUGAGGUUCAGGAAUCAUUUGAAUUGAACCAUGAGACCCUAUAUCUGGCCGUAAAACUUGUCGAUUUAUAUCUGACAAAAAUGACAGUCGGAAAAGAGACUUUACAACUGCUCGGCGCUGCAAGUCUUUUCAUAGCGAGCAAAUUUGAUGAAAGAAUACCACCAAUGGUGGAAGAUUUCUUGUAUAUAUGUGAUGGCGCUUACACACAGAGAGAGUUGAUCAAAAUGGAAAUGAAUGUUUUAAAAGUAGUCAAUUUUGAUCUGGGAAUACCUCUUUCUUACAGAUUUCUUCGGCGUUACGCCAGGUGUGCCAAGGUCUCUAUGCCCACGUUAACUCUGGCUCGGUAUAUAUUGGAACACUCGCUGAUGGAUUAUACGAUGGUCAGGUUUAGCGAUAGCAAAAUGGCAGCGGCAGCGUUGUUACUAGCAUUGCUAAUGAAAGAUUUAGGAGGAUGGAAUCCAACAUUAGAAUACUAUAGCGGUUAUGAACUGAACGACAUAAGAGAUAUUUGCAAUCUUUUGAAUCAAAGUUUACAUAGAAAGCAUAAAGAAACAUUAAAAACUGUCCGCAGCAAAUACAGCCACAAGAUUUUCUUCGAAGUUGCGAAGCUGCCCCUAAAAGAGACUUUAGACAUAUGAAUAGAAAAAGUACAAGAGUGAGGGUGCGUUCCCAUGGGAUACGGAAUUGCGUGACGUUU